AGUUGGCUUUUGGCACGCGUGAUGUGGGAAGUGGGAUCAUGUCCCAGCGAUUAAGUAGUGGGUCGUCUGUAAUCCGCAAUAAAAUCUUAACGACUCGAAGAAACGCAGGCGGGAGAAACGGUCAUUGAGCCUUUGAUGGCGUGCGAAUCGCGGAGUUGAACCAGAUAAAGAUCGGAGUUUCUGUGAUCGGUGACGAGCUGAUGGGUGCCACAGGUUCCAAGCUCGAGAAAGCUCUUGGCGACCAGUUUCCUGAAGGCGAGCGUUACUUUGGGCUUGAGAACUUUGGCAAUACUUGUUACUGCAACAGCGUUUUGCAGGCACUUUACUUUUGUGUUCCAUUUCGUGAACAAUUGCUAGAGUAUUAUGGAAAUAAUAAAACCACGGGAGAUGCAGAAGAAAAUCUUUUAACUUGCUUAGCAGACUUAUUUUCUCAGAUAACUUCCCAGAAGAAGAAAACAGGUGUCAUUGCUCCCAAACGAUUUGUGCAGAGGUUAAAGAAACAGAAUGAACUCUUCCGAAGCUAUAUGCACCAGGAUGCACACGAAUUCUUGAACUUUUUGUUAAAUGAACUUGUGGACAUUUUGGAGAAAGAGGCACAGGCUGCAAAAAGUGAUCAAGAGACCUCACCCCCUUCUGAUCCUGGAAAUGUACCUAAGAACGGUUUAGCUAAUGGCACUAAAAAGGAACCUUUAGUUACAUGGGUGCACAAAAAUUUUCAGGGCAUACUCACCAAUGAGACAAGGUGCUUACGUUGUGAAACAGUGACAGCUAGGGAUGAAACAUUUUUUGACUUGAGCCUUGAUAUUGAGCAGAACAGUUCGAUCACAAGCUGUUUGAAAAACUUCAGCUCCACUGAGACUCUAAAUGCUGAAGACAAAUUUUUUUGUGACAAGUGCUGCAGUUUGCAAGAAGCUCAGAAAAGGAUGAAAAUAAAGAAACCACCUCACAUAUUGGUCAUCCAUCUUAAGCGGUUCAAGUACAUUGAACAACUGGGUCGAAACAAGAAGCUGUCUUACAGGGUUGUCUUUCCUCUCGAGCUGAAGCUGGGCAACACUGUGGAAGAUGCAGAUGUUGAGUAUUCCCUAUUUGCAGUGGUGGUUCAUGUUGGCAGUGGGCCUAACCACGGACAUUAUGUCAGCCUCGUGAAAAGUCAUAACCACUGGUUAUUUUUUGAUGAUGAAAAUGUUGAGAUGAUCGAUGAAUCUGCUGUGCAGACAUUCUUUGGCUCAGCACAGGAGUAUUCCAGUAACACAGACCAUGGGUACAUUUUGUUCUAUGAGAGCCUUGGCUCUGGAAACGGGAACUAGGCAGAGGAGCUCGACAACAUUUAGGUACAUCAAAUCAUUUUGAACUUUUCCUUCCAUAUAUUUUCUCUGUUCUUUUUUAAAAAGAAAAAAAAAAGAAAAGAAAAAUGACCUUUUUCCCUUCAACCUGUUGGAGAAGCCGUUGUCCUUCACAAGAUACGGGUUUUGGAAAUGUAUACUAAGGUGUUCGGCUUGUACAGUGAUCUGUGGAAGUACACCAUCCUUUUUUGUUUUCACAAUAAGAGUUGAAAGCGUGGUACAUAUGAUUUGAACAGCUCAUACACAUUGCUGCCAAUGUUGUUUUUGGACAAUGUUUGGAAUCAGAAUGUAACUGGGAAUUGGUUAUAACUUGUGAUAAAAAUUGGACCAGACUGGUUAGUUGAACAA